GGUAACUCACCCAGCGCGUUACAAAAUGGCGGACGCGGGUGACAGUGCUGUAGAACUACUGUUUUUCGACACAUUUUCUCAUGAAAAUACUGAGGAGCUAAAUCUUGACCUGGUACAGUUUCCAUGUCCAGUGAUUAUCUAUGAAGUGCGUAUUAUUCCUCUACGAGCACAGGUGCAAGCAAACUUAGCAGGAGGGGUUCGACUUGGUGCUACCAACCCUUCAGCCUUCAAACUUGAGCUGUUUGUCAACAACUUGACCCGCCCCAAUUCAGCAACAUUUGAAAAGCUUGGCCUACUGGAUUAUAAAGAAAACACCAACAUUCAACUCAAGCCAGAAGCUGAGGUGCCAACUGAUGGGCUGGUGUUGAAGGGCUGGUACAACACAGUGACUGUGGCUGUCUAUGGCUGCCUCACAACAAUCAAGCCUGUCAAGGCGUCGCCUCCUCCUCCACCUCCACCCAUCCAGAGGAAGGCAGCAGAGCCUCGCCAUGAGCCUUCAAUCUCCGAGGAAGAACUGUGCAAAUCAGCACCAGGCACCCAGCAUCCUUUGGACUACAUUCAACAGCAGCUGAAACAGCUGCAGCAUCACUAUUCUCCAAGUCUGGCAGCACCUACUCUCCUUUCUGCCUCUCAGCCGGUGCUUCCAGCUCCCCCCACCUCCCAGCCACCAUCUUCUCGGGACAUUUUCAAGCCAUUUGAACAGAUUCUUCAGCUGCCAGUGAGAGUGGCUGAGCCUCAAGACCAGAGAGAGACCCGAGAACAAAAACGUGACUUUACCUUCCCCCCAGAGCCUAAAGAACCUUAUGAGACUCAAGACCGUGAUCGUGAACCAGGCAGAGAUCUGCAUGAUGAGAGUCGUUCGCGGGACUCAAGGGACCGAGAUGAUUGGGAAUAUCGUAGGGAUUCACGGAACAGACGAGGCUCUCGAGACAGUGACAGCCGGGAUGGUCGAGACUACAUGGGGUCACGAGAGGGCUCCCAUGAAUCAAGGGAUGUCCGGGAGAGGGAGAGAGAAAGGACUAGAUACAGAGAGAGAGAAGAGUAUGAACUGGAACGAGAACGGGAACAGAGAGAGCAGCGAGAAAGAGAGAGGGAGAAAGAGCGAGAGAAAGAGCGAGAAAGAGAGAGAGAUCGUGAGAUUUGGGAGAGGGAGAGGGAACGAGAGAGCUGGGAACAAGAGGAUAAGGCACGUGAACAGAGGGAGGCGCCCCGUGAACAGAGGGAGGCACCUCGUGAACAGGUGCAACCACGCACUCCUCCUAUUCCGCAGAUCACCACUCCACCAGAGCGGUCUGUCUCAAGGUCCCCUUCAAGGUCACAAUCACCUGUUGUGCAUUCAGCCUGGCCUCCAGAACCACCCAUGCCACCAGAAGAGGAAAUGGAAACCAAUGAACCAGCAGCUGUUGAGGAAGGGGAAGAGGACGUAGAGAUGUACGAGAACCUGUCUCCAGAUGAUAACUCACAACCUGCUGAAGGCUUCACUGACGCAGAACCUCAGGAAGAGGAUGGUUAUGAGGAUAUAUCCUCAGAUGAUGAGCUCAAUGAUGCAGAGGAAUCUGAAAUGGUGCAGAAUGUGGAAUUUGAAGAAGACCUGGGAGAAGAAUCGUGGACCUUCUCUACGUCCAUGUUUAACCCUCUGCAGUGUUACCUCGCACCACUUGGGAUGUUCCGUGACCCUUCUCUUUCACCUUAUGAGCUAGAGGUGAGCAGCUUCUCCCAUCAGAAUGAAACAGAAGCUCAGCAACCUCCAGAAGCUCAGAGCUUGCUUGAUGUAACUGAGCAGCUGAAAGAUGCAAGUCACACAGAAAGAUGGGUCAGUCUCCUGGACACGGUGCCUCCACUUCUGACCAAAGGCCUUUCAUAUCUGGUCCAUGUGAAAAGAAAAAAAAAUAUACUAGAGACGCUGGUUUCCUGGACCAUGGAAGGUCUUGAUGAGAAUGCAGCAAUGAAGCAACCUGAGGCAGCCUUCAAGGUGCGACACCUCAAAAUGGGCAUCAGCCUGUCUACCGCCCUCCUUCAGUGUGACUCAACUGUGGCCAUGAUGCUGCUGAUACGUAACGUUCAGCACUGUCUGCUGGAUCUCUUGGAGAAUCCCUGCAUGGCCUUCAGCAUCCGACUGUUGAUCCUACGUGCGCUGGAUGCAUCCCUGAGGUUCCCAGAUGGUGUGUCCUGGUUUCUAGGCCUUCAUUCAAAACAGGAUGUCAACAAGAGAGCUGAUGGAGUUUCAUGUUACCAGCGCCUGGUGCAGCUGAUGAACAAAAAGCAGGUGGCACAGGUGAUGAUGGGCUACAGAGCAUUAGUACGCAAGGCUAACGCAUAUGAUACAUUCAUGAAACUGAGAGCUGCUAUUGACCAUGUUCUGGAGUCCCUGCCAUCUGUAGAAGAAGAUGAUCCACCUCACAAGACUGGAAGUGGCGAGGAGGAAGAAGAGAUGGAACAUCCUGAGAGUAAUCUCCCUUUAGAAGAGGAAGACGUGGAUAAGAUUGUGGGUUGUCUGGAAGAAAUUUAUCGUCUUCUUGACUGUCCUCAGAUGUUGAUUUGCCAGCCCACAAGCCUGUUGCCAGUGAAAACACAGAUGGAGAAGAUGGCAAGGCGAACUGAUCUGUACCCUGCUCUCUUCAGGCUUGCUUACCACAGUCGGCUGCUGGAAUGCCUGUUCGUGCUGCUAUCUACGCCUGCCACUGCUUCACAGUCGGCCAUUUUUGUGGCUGUGCGUUCUAUAAUCCGCACGCUGCUACACACCCAGGAAGGACUACUUUUCCUCAGUACUCGUCCUGACACAACCAAUGGCAUCAUUCGCUCACUUGUUCAAAUGACUUAUGUGCCACAGGAUGAGGCUUGUGAAGAAGCCGGUGUGGACAUGGUGGCACGGCAGCUGGGGCUGGAGAUGGUCUAUCACCUACAGACACUGCAGUAUGUUGACCAGCUCUUUGAGUAUCAGAAGAAAGUUGGUGAAGAGAUCAACAUCGAUGCCUCAGAGCCACUGGGAAUUCUUCACAGCCUGUACUCAAUGACCUUCACACCAGGCUUGCGAGACUGUGUCAUGGGCCGUCGCACCAUCGCUCAUGUUUUGGGCUUGGCAAACAACCUUAGUGUUUUGCUGCCAUUUAUCCAGCCCACUGGAGAUGAGGCUCGCGAUGCUGCCCUACGUAAAUCAGUCUGCUGGGGAUACACCAGCCAGCUCAUCUCCAUGAUAGUUGUGUACUCAGAGGGGACACAAUUAAUAGAGAAGUUUGGCAGCAAGCUCCUGGCCAUCAGUGAGUCUUGUGGCAGCAACAGCAAGCUGGCAGGUCUACAAGAGUGGCUGGCACCACUCAAGAAAUUGGAGGCUGCAGCGCCAGAGAAGGUGGGUGCUCUCACCGCUCUCCUCAAGACGUAUGCAGAAGACGUCGGCAGCCUGCUGCCGGGAUUGAUCACCACAUUGCGCUUUCUGCAUGCACUGGCCAUUCCAGCUAGCUCCUGUGGAGAUGGCUCUUCUCUCCCCUUACACAACAAGCAAGUUCUGCUUGAACUGUUCAGUGCAGACUGCUUUCCUGUGUUUGUCAGCAUCCUUCAGAAACUGAGUGAAAUACAACUGAAGCCCUGGCAGUUAGGGGCACCUCAGUCACUGGACCGCUGGACUGUCUUCUUUGCUGCUGUCACUCCUGCGCUGGCCAUUGUACGCACCACACUCUCUCUGAUUAUUCAGGCUCGUGGAUCAGAGUUCAAAGACCUCACCGUUCUGUCUACGCUGCUUGAGCUUCACACUGUGGUGUGUGCUGUGCCCAGUUCUUCACUGUACAGCAACCAUAUCCUGCAGAUCCAGAGAGACAUUGUAGAUGCACUGAUGGCCUUUACCCAGCCAAGCUUCAGCACCCAGGGAGAGGAAGCCCUCAGCAGCAGUCUGUGGACACUGAUGAUGAAGGAACUGCUGCGCUACCCUCUCAAGUCCCCGUAUGUCUACAUGAGUGGUCUUCUUCUGCUGUCAGAGUUAGUUCCCCUACCAUUUCCUCUUCUCACAAAAGAGCCUUUGUCAGAGGACGAGGUGGCACUAGCAGUCAACACACGCAAACUGUGGAGUGCACACCUGCAUCCUCUCAUGCCUGAUGUCCACAAUCUUAUUGGCCUACUGGCAGGAACUGGUUGUCAGCCCUUAUUGUGUCUACUGAGACGAGUGUGCUGGCAGAUUGCAGAUUUAGCUGCCCCUUCAGCUACAAUGAUUGCCAGAUGUUUGCUGGACAUCUACCUGGAUCAACGAACAAAUGACGGAACGGAGGAAGAGAAGAAAGAAGGAGAGAAAGACGGUCCUGGCAGGGAUGACAGUGACACACAGUUGCCGUUGACAACCAAAAUUCUUGGCCUAAUCUCAUACCUGCUUUCACAACCAGGCAUCAAGUCAGCAAUGCUUGAACUGAUAGGCAGUGGGUCAGCAGAAGACAAGUACAGGAGUGUGCUGCCAUCUGUGGUGCAGACAAUGAACACCGUGUCCUCCCGGCUCCAGCAUGUGCAAGCACAGGAAGCGUGUGUUUCAGUGCUACAGAGUCUUUGUGAUCAGGAGAUCACGCUGGUGGCCAGUGACAGUAACAUGCCCUUACUGGAACAGCUGGCCUGCACUCUUCCUGAGAAGGAGCUGAUGGUACCGAUUGUUACGGCACUGCUGGAGCACAUCAGCAACCCCAGUCACAGCUACGCUUCCCUGCUGCCUUGUGUACGCACUCUGGUCAUGUUGACUGAACAUGACUAUGGCUUUUACCAUCUCAAGAUGGGCUUGGAGGCCAAUCCUAGUGCUGUACAGUGUGUGCUGAGACGUAUCAAUAACACCUUCAGCAAGGACAGCUCCGACUGCCUGUCCACGCUGUCAGCCAUGUUGGAGCUGCUGCGUCUGCUGGUGACAGUAGAGAACACAGAUGAAGGUUUGAGCAUGACACGAACACGAGUGUUGUCUAAACAGCAGCUGUGUACCAUCCUUGACUGGGGGCCUGGCCGUCAGCACUCUCUUCAUGAUCUGCAGGAAAUGUCAAAAGAAGACGAGACCCUGGAGAGCCUUUCAGAGAGCAUUACCUCCCUGGUGGCACUACUUAAGGAAGGGGAGGCAAGUGCGGGAACAGUCGCCGAGUCAUGGGAAGUAACUCUACCACCAUGCCGAUCCCUACUGGAGUUGUUCAGCCAGCGGAGUGUUUACUCACUAACAGACACUGAUGAUGAUCGACUGAGCGUCAACUGCUGGCUGGCUAACCCAGCAUUGGAUGAACCUGACGCUGAGCCAGAAGUCAUCAAGUGCGACCUGUUGGCAUGGUGCCAGCGUUACCUAUCAGACUUUGACCUUCAGGAAGAGCUGAAAAAGGAUGCCGAGGAGCGACAAGAAGACAUUGUGAGGCCUAAGCGACCCAGAGAUCGCCGCAAGUCACAAGAAGUGAUAAACAUUAAUAGAGGACGUCCUGGAAAGAAGCCAUUUGUUGCCCCUAUGCGUGGGCGAGGCAUUAUGACACAAGGAAUGGUGUCAGGGCGUGGGCACGACCUUUUCCGAUCUCGUCCUCCCAACACCAGUCGUCCUCCAUCCAUGCACGUUGACGACUUUGUCAAACUAGAAAAUCGCCACACAAUACAGAUGCAGCAGCCACCUUUACAACUGCCUGUUUGCGUCCCUCCACCAAUGCAUCGUGAUAAGGAUGUUUCAAGAGGCCGUGGUCAGGGUGGUAUGGACAGAGGCCGAGGAGCUUUCUCACCCAGGGGCCGGUUUUUCACUCCACCUGCAAACUACCCACGCAGAGAAGAAAAUCCUCAUGGAGGGCACAGUCCCCAGAUAUUUGCAACUCCACACAUUAUCAUAUCACAUCGACCAAAACCUACUUUUGCAAUUCCAGCACAGUUCAGCCGUGGAGGGCAGGAGAACCUGCAAGGCAUGAUGAUGGAGAGACGUGCACGGGACAUGCCUUUUUCUGGGCGAGGGCGAACGCACUGGUUUGGAGGACAAGGCAAAGAGAUGGAUCCUGGAUUCUUGCGAGGAGGAGGAGGAGGAGCCUUUCAGGGAAGAGAUGGUGGACGACACAUGCGAUCAUUCACAAAGUAAACAACAGUUUUAUUUGCAACAAACAUUUAAACGAAACUGGUUAUUGACACAGAAUAGUGGAUGGACGCAACUUUUUCUUCAUGGCAAGAUCUUGGCGUCGCCUUUCCAAAUCAACCACCUGCAAGGGAAAAAGAUUUGGCCUAAUGUGAAAGACUUAAUUGCUAGUUAUUUUUCACUCCAAAGAAUUAAAGUAUUAGAACAAAAA